AAGGGAACUUUCUCUCUCUAAAACCAACCGACUGAAAGUCAAGUAGCUUCCACUUGGCCCCAAAGUAAUGCCCCUUUCAGGAACUAAACGUGUUUUCUCUAACCAUAAUUUUCCUUUUAUUAUUUAAUAUCUAAUGUUGUUAAUUUAAUUUGCCUUUAAUAAUCAGUUGAGUAACCGUCUUACUUUCCUUACACUUGUCACGCAACUUCCCCUUCCUUCUCUCUUCUCACUUCUCUCUCUUCACUCCUUAUAUAAAUAACUGUAAAUCCCACUCUCCCAAUUAUUCAUAUCUUCUUCUAUUUCUCUCUUCUCUCUCUCUAAAACAAUUUAUAUCUUUCUCUCUCUAGCUUCUUCUUCGGAAGUACUGUGUUUGUGUUUGUUAUUCUGAUAAGUGAUAAACAAAAAAAAAAAAAAAUAGAAAUGGCAAUGGAAGCUUUGAAUUCACCCACUGCUCGUACGGCGUCGUUUGACUUGGAUAAAGCCAGCCUCCGUUAUUUGGAGUCGUGGACGAAGGGCAAGCGGACCAAGCGCCACCGCAGCGUCGACGAGCCCCACCAGCCUACUGAAGAAGAGUAUUUGGCUCUUUGCCUUGUUAUGCUUGCCCGCGGCGGCGGCGCCGCGCACCCCAACACCACCAAGCACUCACAGAGACAAAUCACGCGUGUUGUUCCACCACCGCCGAUGACGAUGACGGCGGUAUCGGCUGAUCCUUCAUCGAAAUCUGUAUACAAGUGUUCCGUUUGUGGCAGGGGUUUCGGGUCUUACCAAGCACUGGGAGGGCACAAGGCCAGCCACCGCAAACUCGGCGGUGGUGGCGGCGGCGGUGGGGAUGAUCGCAACUCCACCCACUCCGCCACCACAACUACCUCCGCCACCGCCAGCGGCGGCGGCGCCAGGACACAUGAGUGCUCUAUAUGCCACAAGCGCUUCCCCACGGGGCAGGCACUGGGAGGGCACAAGCGCUGCCACUACGAGGGCGGUGCGCCGAGCGGCAACGGCGCCGGAGCAGGGAGCAGCGCGUUGACUUCGUCAACAUCAACUGUCACUCACAGGGAAUUCGACUUGAACCUGCCGGCUUUGCCGGAUUUCUGGCCGGGAUUCGGCUCCGGCAUCGAAGACGAAGUCGAGAGCCCGCAUCCGGCCAAAAAAUCCCGCCUUUCUCUGCCGGCGAAAUUGGAAUUGUUCUGAAGAAAAUUAGCAGAUUAUUAUAUAUUUUUUUUAAUCAGAAUUAGCAGAUUAUUGACUCUGGAAAUUCGAUGAUUGUGUAUUGGUUACGUUAUUGGUUGGUGCGGAUUAUUUUUUAUUUAUUUUUUUUUGGGUGAGAAUUCUUUGGUGUAAAUGGAAGUGAAACAAUAUUGUUUAAUUGAUUCAAUUAUUAUUUUAUUUUUUU